GCACACAGGCUAGAAGACUAAAACCCAUUUUGACUGUCUAAAACCCUAAAAAAAGCCCUUUUCUUUUCAUAUCCUUUGAAGUUCUCUGGGUUGGUUGGCGAUGAAGAUCCAAAUCAUAAAGGGAGGGCUCAGUUUCGGCGCUAGGUCUACCGCUGCUCGGUUUAGCGGAAAUGGGUUUACCAAGGUAAACUAUACGAUAUGUCAAUCAAACAUCCAUUCCCGUGGAAGGUCGUAUGCUGCCUCUGUUCCUUCUGACCUACCAAAACCCCAGGCAGUUCGGAAAAGAGUUUCAAGAUGUGAACGGCAAGCUAUGGUUGAAGCUUAUGUGAACAAGUAUAGGGGAACACACGCAGGAAAUUUUCCUACUGCUUCUAAUGCUAAGAAACAAGUGGGCGGCUGUUACUAUGUUGUUAAGAAGAUUAUUCAAGAACUAGAGUACAAGUCUAAAAUGUCUUUGUCAAACACUGGAAAUGAAGAAUCAGUGGCAAAGGAGCGAAUCAAUGAGAAUGCAUCUAGAGGUAAAAUUGAAAUUGAAAAGGUAUCAAUUGGCAAAAUGGCAGUGAAUGCAGAAGUACAAAACGGCCGCCCAGCUGCUAUCAAUGAUGUGGACACAGUUGAUGCCAGCGACAAGCAUUUGGAAGUUGAGAAACAGUGGGAUACUUCCUCUUGGAAUGGGAGGACCUUGUCUGAAGAGGGUGCUCAUCCGGAUGUUAUUGCCGCACAGACACGUGCGUUUAGAGGCAUUGUGGUUGAUCCAGGCCUGGAAAAGCCAGAGAGUGCCAAAACGGAGGAAGGUGACUUAGAUCCUUCUGAUCUUGUUCCCUCAAAAAGUCAUUUGAAACAAGAAAAAGAGGAGGUUUCUCAACCUUGUUUUGGAGAACCAAGGGAUAGUGAUAAAGAGGAAUUUAAGGAUGCUCAUUCUGACUUUGUUGCAAUUGGAAAUCAACCCCCAGAGGCGGAAUCAAAAGGAGGAAUGCAUUUACAUUUUGAGUUUAAGGAGGAGGAUAAAAGGCAGCAUACUGUAUCUGAAGACUUGGUGGAUUUAAAGUCUGAAAAUGAGCAAGACCAUGCAUCCCCUGUGCCGGAAAAAUAUGCAAUAUACAGAUCGGAUGACCAGACCACUGAUGUAGAGCUGCCAAAGAAAUCGACGCUGUGGGGAAAUUUGAAAUCAUUUGCAGAUGGAAUCAUGAACAUAUGGAGAAAGCGGUAAAUGUGUGUUUACAUAACCAUUGGAGCUCUUGAAAGUUGAAACAUUUGUGUUUUGACUGGACCUGUUAUAACAUUAGAAGCUGAUAUUCUGUCCUUUUUUUGGGCUAACCUUGCUAUUUUUUUUGGACUACAAUAUACCUUUUCUUGUCUAUAUUUCUCCUACGACUUUGGAAAGGAUGGUGGUGCCUGCUGCUGCAUGCUGUAUAGUGUAGUCUCCAGCCAUAAGCUCAGUUGUUUUUCCAUGCUGUUCAACUUGUGCCAUUGGAGUGAGAUGAAAAGAUUUGGUUUAAAUUGCUGGA